AAAUAUAACAAACUUAAAAAAUGCAGCAUAUAUUACAUAUAAACUACAUUUUAAAAUUAUUUUUUAAAUCAAAUUUCUAAACACUCUUUAGCAUGAUUAAUUAAUUUAAGAUAAAUAUUAAUUAAUUUUAGUACCUGCUCGAGUGCUCGAGUUAUGUACCCUGUUUCCAAUACCAACAAGAGAAAAUAUACACCGGACUACCACACAUAGUCGCUGAGGCAGUUAAAGGUUGGAAGAAGUGUCAUUUUGAUUUUAAAAUAAAAACUAUGGAUGCUUCACAACAGCUAGGGCCUGGAGGAGUGCCAGUAAACGCUAGAACCUCAGAAUACUACAGAACACAAGACCUACCACACAGAUUUGAACACCCGUAUGUAUUCAAGGGGUAUGGCCAGAAGCAACAGAAUCCCAUGUACACGACAGAAGCUUCCAAAUAUGGAUCUAAAGUUCCAUCAGUACAUGCGAUGCCUCUAUGUUUCCAUGCUAAGUCACAGAAAUUCUCCGAUCAUCUGGGAAAGUGUGGAAUGCCACGGAACUUUUCACUUAAUACAUCUGUAGACAAAAGCAUAGUCUGAGUCUAAAAAUCUAUUUGAUACUUUUACAAAAAACUGGAUUCAACCACAUGAUAACACUCAAAUCACCUGCUUCGUUCUUUAGGAGUCAUGUGCUGAUUUUUUUGUAAAGAAUUAUCUAUUAGCUAAUAUGAUUUUGAAGUGUACAAUUUUUAAAAGUUUAUCUUUAACAGUGAAAGCUUUAGAAGGCUUAUAAUAACAUCAUCUUUAUGUUUAAAAACAGUAAAAUGAAGUAUUUUCUUUGACAUGACAAAAACAAAUACAAACAAUUCUGUUAAAUAAAACCAAUUCAUAAUAGCAGUAUCAAUUUUAUUUCCCAAUAUUUACAAACCAUUAUCACAACAAUGAAUUGGCUCAAAUAUGAAACUUAAUCAGACUAAAGAUAACUGAAAAUCUAGUAACAUAAGUAACUUUAAAGAUACCUUGAUUAACUAGUUACAGUAAAGACCAGCUCAGUUAUAAAUUAUAAACAAUCACAUCUUAAUUUUUAAAUGUAUCAACGUAAAAAAAAUAAUUUUAAUGGCAGUAAAGUUUUACAUGAGUAAAUGAACAACUUGUUCUGGUGUCCUUGGCACAAUGUUUAAACUAUCUUUGUAACCAUUCAAAGGAUCCAAAAUUGCUUUGUAGAUUUCCUUAUAAGCUUGGCAUACCAGUUCCACUGUUCUCUUUUUAGCUGAUUCCCUGUAGAAAUACAAUGUGAAAAUGUUUUUAUUAUAAACAGUCUUCUAUAAAAGUAUUGUUACUGCACAAAUACAUUUUUGUUAAAAGUUAAGCCCUUUGAAAAAAAAAAAAAUAUCAAUUUCGACAUAGAGUAUCUGUGUAUAAAAAUGGUAUAGGAGAAAACCAACCUGACACUUGAACUAAGUAUAAAACUGCACUGUGGUAAAGUUAAACUAUCUGGUUGGGCCAGAUAACUGUCAAACUUGUUCUGUAAAAGAAAAUAAAUUCUUAA